GCUUGAGAUUAUAAUUGUGUUGCAAGAAAAUUUUUGAAAUUCUAGUGUGUACGCGCCAAAUGUGAGUCAGCUGAUUACCACUCUGGCAACGCCAUAUUGCGUGAUAACAGUAUUGCAGGUCGCUGAAUAACUAUCGAUAGUACAAACGAUAUCAACACUGAUAUCGAAAGAAACGCUCGCGAAUUGCACUAAAGAAGCUAAGCAAAGGAAAAACAAAAAUCCCAAUUCAAUUGUGAAAAAGUUUACUCUUGUGCUUAAAUCGAUUCUUUUGGUGUACAAAACAAUCGUAAGUAGUGUGAUAGAUCGAAAGAAGCCGUAACGAAUGUAGAUUAGUGCAAUCAAUCUAAAUCCUCAACGCUCACCUUCACUACCAAUUGCCGCCCUCCCCCUUCCAAUAUAAAAUAUAAUUUUGACGCACACCAACUUACAAAAACACACCAAUAACGCUUGCACACGAUUCUUUUCGCUUUGCGAAACCCAAGACGAAGGCCAUCGCCAGCCGAUUAACCAACCAGCCGAGCAAGCAACCAAAACACAAAACUCGCAAAACACAACAAUAACGAUAAAACCAACAAUAACAAUAAUAACAACAAAUGCGUGCGACGCUUAGAAGUUGAUUUAGAUUAAGUGAAUCGCAAGCAACAGCAAACGCAAUCUGCAAAGUCACGCCGCGUCAGCUAUAGUUACAGCUCAACAAUGUCCAUACGGACACAGGUGCUCGGAUUGGUGGACGUCAUGAUGCGUGUCCCGCCUAUAAUGGUCAUCGAUGAGAUACUCAAGAUCGGUAUGGGCGUGCCUAUUCAGAUCGGCACGAACAAAGUCUACACAAUGGACACCGACGCUGCAAAAUCGAGCCAAACCGAUGCCAGCAACAGCACAGACACAUUCGCCACCAUCAAAGCAUUCUUUGGCAUGGGCAGCACAGACUCGGCCAGCACCUCCAGCUCCAUCAGCAGCAGAAACCAAGAGAUCCUCGAACACACCAUAGAGAAUGCAUCCAAAUCGGCGCAAACAGGCGGCGUGCUUAGCCACAAUUUCAACAAUCUAAUGGAUGAACUGGCCAAUGAUAGCAUUCUGGCCAAUAUGCUUAACAUAACGACAGUGAAGUUUGUUGUCUGUUUACUAGGUUUCUUAUGUGCUGCUUGCAUCUUCAUGCUGUGGACGCGGCAUUUGGUGAUGGUGUACAUGUUUCUAACCUCGCUGGGACUGACCUUCCUCUCAUACUGGUCUAAUGUAAGCGCAUUGGAGCUUAUGGAACGCAGUCCUUGCAUACUGGAAGAUCUGUUGUCCUUGAACACCACUAGACUGCUGGAUUCGGGCGGGGUCAUUAUGACGCUGGCGCCACAUAUAAUCGCUCAAUGGGUGAUGGGGAUGCUCUUCGCCUAUAUUCAUCUGGGCCCUCGGUUUGGGCUACUUCAGAAGUCUAUGCCCAUCAUAUUUACUAGUCCAAUUCUGCUUGCCAUGUUGCCGCUUUCACCGAGCAUAGUGGACAAGCUGCCCGUGGUUGCGGGCCUUACGCCCAUCAUACUAACCAAAAUCACGCUUAUGCAAAGUGCCAUGGAGGCAAGCAGAACGGUGUACAAUGGUUACCAAUAUGCCAUGAAUUUUGUAUCCAACUUUGGACUUUCGGCUCUCAUUGAGAACGAGUGGCAACGUCUUAAUGUGCCCAAUGUCUUGCGCGUAUUUUGGGCUCUCAAAAUCUUGAAAUGUGCCUAUACAUUGAUCACAGUUGAGUCGGAUGAGCCUUUGAUGCUAUUCCCAGCAAUAGAAACGCUGCUUGUUGAUGGUUGUGGAACCUUAACGGCUGUGCUAGGCAUGACUGGUGUCAUCUCGAUGAUAUGCCACUACAUAGGACGGGGCUUUCAGUGGUAUCUAUUAACAUAUGACAACGACGAAGAGAAGUCGCUGGGCACUGUUUCAGCGGUGCUCUUUUACAUAUUGGCUCUGCAAACUGGCCUCACAUCGCUAGCGCCGGACAAGCGUUUUGUCCGUUUGUGCCGCAAUUUGUGCCUUUUGGUGACGGCGCUCCUGCACUUCCUCCAUAACAUUGUAUCGCCCAUACUGAUGUCACUGAGUGCGGCACGAAAUCCUUCACGCAAACGGCAUGUGCGAGCUUUAUCCGUUUGCGCUUUCCUCAUACUUAUGCCCGUCGGGCUGCUAUACUAUUUGUGGACACAUCAUUCGCCCUCCACAUGGCUAUUGGCGGUGACGGCUUUCUCCGUGGAGGUCAUAGUCAAGGUGCUUGUUUCACUGGCCACCUACACGCUCUUUUUGCUAGACGCUCGACGUCAGUUCUUCUGGGAGAAACUGGACGACUAUCUAUACUAUGUACGUGCCUUUGGCAAUUCGGUAGAGUUCUGCUUUGGAAUUUUGCUCUUUAUAAACGGUGCCUGGAUCUUGGUGUUUGAAUCGGCCCAAAAUGCUACAGGCGGCGCCAUCAGGGCGAUCAUGAUGUGCAUUCAUGCCUACUUCAAUAUCUGGUGCGAGGCACGUGCUGGUUGGUCGGUGUUUAUGAAGAGACGCUCAGCGGUCCACAAGAUAUCAGCAUUGCCGGAGGCAACUCCUGCCCAGCUGCAGGCCUUUGACGAUGUGUGUGCCAUCUGUUAUCAAGAAAUGUACUCAGCAAAGAUAACGCGUUGCCGUCACUUCUUCCAUGGCGUUUGCCUGCGCAAGUGGCUUUAUGUGCAGGACCGCUGUCCACUGUGUCACGAGAUAAUGAUGUACACUGACAAGGCCGACGAGAAUGCGCAAGAAGCCGACCCAGCGGCAGCGGUCCAAGCUGAGCAGCCUAUUCACAUAAAUCCAAGAGACGACGCAACCAAUGCUGGAGCGGCGCGUCGCUCACCGGAACGUGCUGCUGGAGCUGCUUCGGAAAAUGGUGCAGCAGGGACCAACGCAAGUCCUGUCUCGCCAAGCGACGAUGAUGCGAUAGCCAAUUCGGCAAGUGAACCGACUGCAGAGACACGACCUGUUGUGGUCAGCAGCGGUAGCCAUAGCAGCAGUGCCAAUAGCAGCAACAGCAAUAAUAGCUAUAUUUCACCUUCUGGUCAGCCGCCGCCAUCAACGGCUACUUCGGCGGCUGCUGUGGCUACUGCUGCUGCAAGCAAUACGACGCACAUAUUUCGGUUGUCGCAGGAUCAGCAGUGAAUUUUUUGCAAUUUCUAAUCGUAAUUCACAGAUUUAACUGUUCUAUGUGUUAGUGUACUUAUGUAAAAAUGUGAAACUUAAGCAAAACUCUCAGCUGCUUAUUAAUCGUUUCGGAAAACUUAUUCCUCUACACCAACACCUCAUCAUCAUACAUACCUGAUCACACCCACGCACUCGCACUCUCACACUCACAUAGUCAUCAAAAGGCAAUUAAGUUGUUCGGCUUAAAUUCAACACUAAAUUAAAUUAUAAUCAUUCAUAUAAGUUCAUACCUUUGAAUAUGAAUACGCCGAAUGAAAAGUGAAUUCAAUCACAGAUCUUUGUACAUUAAGUUUAUGGUAAAAAGUUGACCCAAAUAUGUUGAAAAGGUUAGUUUUAAGUUUACAGUGAAAUGGUGUUAAACAAAAAAAAAAAAAA